AUGGCUGGGGGCGCCGGGCCUGCCGCCGGGCCGCCUCGCCGCGCCCCCUAAGGGAGCCCCUAGGCGCUCCCGCCCACCGAGGUCUUGUCCUGACAUCAAGAGGAAAAGCUUUAAAUUACUCUUUCCUCGACCUGAGCUGCUUGCUUCUCCUGAAGCUUGGGAAGGGAGGCGACUACAAAGAGGCUGUCCUUCCAUUUCAUGUUUCGUCAGCUUGAUAGCAUUUUGGCCUUAAUUCCAUCUUACUCCUACCUGUUCCUGGACAGUAACGGGGCAGAAGAGAGGCACCAUUUCAUCAUGUCUCGUUACAGCCUCCAUAAUCUCCUGGACUGGAUAUAUGGGGGUGUGGACCCCAGCUUUGCUGGCAAUGGGGGACCAGAAUGUGCAGCGUUUCUCUCUGGGCAGCAGCGCUUUCUGGAGAGUGUGGUCUUCCUCAUUGUGGGCGUCAUGGAGAUCCUUCUGUCCCUGUGGAAGCUCAGGCAGCCACAUUUCAGGGAACUGGAGAGUCAUCUGCUUCAGCAACCCCAGACUAAGCAAGAGAGCUUGGGCAAGAAUGUGCUGCUGGUGGUGGUCUGUCUCAUCUUUGGACUGGAGGUGGGGUUCAAGUUUGCCACCAGAACUGUCAUUUACCUCCUAAAUCCUUGUCAUGUGGUCACUAUGAUUCAGAUUUUUCUUCUUGCCUGUCCUCCCUGUCGGACUGCAAUGAUUCUCUUCAGGUUGCAGAUGCAUAUGCUGAAUGGAGCCCUCUUGGCAUUGCUGUUUCCUGUAGUUAACACACGCCUGCUUCCAUUUGAAAUGGAAAUUUAUUACAUCCAGCAUGUGAUGCUUUAUGUUGUGCCCAUCUACCUGCUGCAGAAAGGAGGUAUCUACACUCCAGAACCACUCUGCAAUUUCUGGUGGGCUCUUUUAUCCACGGGGUUUAUGUUUGUAUAUCAUUUUAGCAUCUUGCAGAUUCUGGGAUUGGUUACAGAAGUGAAUUUGAACAACAUGUUGUGCCCAGCCAUCUCAGAUCCUUUUUAUGGGCCCUGGUAUCGAAUCUGGGCAUCUGGACAUCAGACUAUCAUGACCAUGACUCAUGGGAAGCUUGUAAUCCUUCUCUUUUACAGUGCUGGCCCCAUCUUUAAAUGUAGCAUGGACUUCCUUAGACUCCCAGCUAAGAAAAUAGACUGAGAUGUCUCCCUAUGGAGUACAUACAGGAAGCAGAUACUUACACUGGGAAACAGAGGAGGAAUGAGAGGAUACGUCUUUAUACUUCUCCCCACAGUUUAUUGCCUCAAAAAUACCUCUGUGAUCCAGUGAGGAGUUUUCUAUGCUGUUUCUCACUGCCUAUUGCCAACGGCAAAAUUAGUGGCCUUAUUCUGGAAAAAAGUGUUUUAUACAUUUCAUAUAGAUUCCAGGAGAGCCUUGCUAAGCCACCAUUUAAAAUCAGGCCAGGAUCUAUCCACAUUCCAGCAAAGACAGUUGCAGUGCUACCUCGUUUUGAUUUAUUCUCCCUUGCAUGUAAGUCCACUUUUAUAGGAUAGGAAUGAAAGCUGAAUGACCACACUCCAUUGAUGUGAAAGAACACAGGUUGAGGUGCAUCGUCCUGGUUUAACUCUCAGCUCUUUAAUGUUGCAGAGUAGUCAGGAUGAAAAGGAUAUACAUUUCAUCUUCCAGACUAGGUUGAGGUGCAUCAUCCUGGUUUAACUCUCAGCUCCUUAAUGUUGCAGAGUGGUCAGGAUGAAAAGGAUAUACAUUUCAUCUUCCAGACUUAAGUGCAAAGCAGUGAGGUUCUACUGUACUUUCUUUAAGCAGGUUGAAAAUGUUGAGGAACAAGAAUUAAUUCUUUUUUUUAAAUUGACUACUUAAUUUCUGAACUGAUGUGGGUAAAUAUCUGUCUAAGUCUUGUUCAGAUCUUGAUGCUUUGGAGAUACUUUUAUUUGAGCAGAAUACCACCGUGUCAAAAUAAUGUCACAAGACCAUGUUACGCAUAGGCUGUGGUGAGAUAUUUCAUCCACUCUUCUGACUUGACUUUGAACAAAAUGUGGUUAGUUCCCCCCCACCCCCAGUUCAGACUGGAGAGGGAUUGGCGACACAAAG